CUGAUUGGUUGAUGUGUUGUCAGUCAGCAGCUCUCCGGGAAGAGACGUCCUGCUCUGGGAUUGCGGGUCUGCUGGAUCGGCUUCUGAGAACCGGUCGUCGUGUCAUCAGCAGUGACUAUGGCUCGUCCAGCAGCGCUCACCCUCCUCUCUGCGAUCAUAGCAGUUGCAGCUGCAGACUUUAGUGUCUUGAAGUCUCCCCAAAACCAGAUCUUCAGGUCAGGAAACUGGCCACUUCCCGGAGAACGGAUUCCAGAUGUGAUUGCCUUGUCUAUGGGUUUUUCUGUUGAAGAGGAUUUGCCUUGGCCUGGGCUUGGAGUUGGCAAUAUAUUUCAGCGUCCACGUGCCACUGUUUUAGUAACUGUCACCGGUGUGGACAAACUUCCUCUGUCAGGCAAUGAGAUUUCUUACCCAGUAGAGAAUGCUGUUCCUUACAGUGUUGAUGGUGUGGUGAACUCCAUCCAUUCACUGUUUUCUGAAGAGAUGCCACUAGUUCUACAGUUGGCCCCCAUCGAAGAAAGGGUGUACAUGGUUGGAAAGGCCAACACAGUGUUUGAAGACCUUGCAGUCACUUUACGACAACUGAGAAGUCGCUUGGAGCAGGAUAACUCCAUUCUUGCCUCUGUGUCUUUAGGAUCUUUAUAUAAAAAUGAUGAAAUUGACAGACUCUUCCUCUCUGAAAUGCAAAGUCUUCAAGAUAUCCCAAGUUUGCUUUCUCGGCAUAAGCAUCUUGCUAAAGAUAACGUUCCAGACAUUUACGCCUUGGAAUUUACCGGUCUGGAAGAGAUCAAGAAACGUUAUGGAGAGGACUCUGUGAAGUUUAAGGACGCCAUCAGAAUUCUGUCAGAAUGUCUACAGAAGUUUGCAGAUGACAUGCACAGUAUCUAUGGGGGAAAUGCAAUUGUGGAAGUUGUCGCAGUGGAAACAUUCGAGACUCCCUUGACGAGGAAGAGUCGUUCUAUCCUGGAAACACAAACUGCUAGUACUCCCACUGAUCCUUACAAUCUGGCCUACGAAUAUAAUUUUGACUAUGCGGUCGUCUUCAACAUCAUCUUGUGGAUCAUGAUUGGUCUGGCUCUUGCUGUUAUCGCAAUCUCAUACAACCUCUGGAACAUGGACCCUGGCUAUGACAGUAUCAUCUACAGAAUGACCAACCAGAAGAUCAGGAUGGACUAAUGUUGAGAUCUAGUAAAUUAUUUAAUUUUUUUUUUGGUUGUUUUUUGUUUCUUAAACGUGAACCUGUCAGUAUGCAACAAGGCGGGAAAAUCUGGCUGUCCCCUGUAGUGAUCUAAAUAAAGGUGUAGUUAGAGAGAUUAUUGAAAGAAGAAUUGGGUAAAUGGCAGCUGCUACUUUUGUGUCCUGGUGUGGCACUUCAGCCCUUAGGUUAUGGCCACAUGGUUGGGUUUCUGCAUGCAGUUUUGGAAGCCAAAAUCAGGAGUGAAUUUAAGAGAAGUCAAAUGUGUCCUUUAUACGUGCUGUCCUUUUAUGAUCCACUCCUGAUUUUGGCUUCCAAAACGGCAUCAGGAUACCUGACCGUGUGGCCGUACCCUUACUUUGUAUUGUGCAUUUUUAUCCUUUUUUAAAUGGAAAAUGAUCAUUAAAGGCCAAACGUCCUCCUUCCACCCCUCAGUGUCUCUUCUCUCCUCCUAUUCUGCUAAUUUAUAACCUUAACAUGGAGUCAGCAGACUAAUGAGCAUCCUAUCUCUCUGCUUACGAUAUGGAGAAGCGUAACCUUGUUACCCAAUCCAUGCUUCAUGCCCAGGGCAGCUUAGAAAAAUUCCAGGUUGCUUUUGGCAACAUGUCCAAGACAAUAUUAAUACAUGAGGUCCCAUAUAUUACUGGAAGAUGCUGCUAUCCAUCUGAUCUAUAAUUAUGUUGGGUAGGCAGAUUCUGUUUAAUCAAGAAGACUAGCUUAGUAGAAUGCACCUACAAUAGCUUAACCACUAGUACAAGCCCAAAAUGGGGUUAAUGGGCAAGGUGUAAAUGGCGGCAUGCAACAAACUGUGGUUUGAAAUAUGUGGUGGAAAAAUCUGACAGCAGAAUCCGAGGCAAAUCCUCAUACUGCAGACUUGCAGUCUGUCAUACUGUGGUUUAGCCACAGUAGAGCUAAUCUGUGUGUGUCGACCUGCCCGCCACAGUAGAGCUAAUCUGUGUGUGUCGACCUGCCCGCCACAGUAGAGCUAAUCUGUGUGUGUCGACCUGCCCACAGUUUGUCACUUUUUUUUUCUGCAAUUUGAAAUCUGCAUAAGAAUAAAAAAAAUCAGUGCUGUAUUCACUACGGCUCUGACUCCCAUUGCAAUCAGUGGCACUCUGAAUACACACAGAUUUCAGCACUGUAUAUGCAUAAAAAAUCUGCUAAGUGUGAUUUCAUGUCGUUAAUGUAAAUGCUCCCUACCAUAAUAGCCUCUAAUAUGCAGAUUAAUGUUCAGAUAUAAAUAUAUUGAUUUGAUGAAUAAAUGUGAUUUUAUAGGUGUGUAGAAUUAGCCUUGUGCUCUGUUAAAUAUCUGUAUAUUGAGAAUACUGCUGGCGCUCACCUGGACAUGGCUGUAAAUGUUCUAUUCUACUGAUGUAAAUAUAUAAAAAAAUCCAGUAAAAUCCUUGUCCAUAUUUAUUCCCAAACUUGUGCACGUCUCAUUGCAUACUUUUCCCCAACCUCCCAAAUGUCCUUGUGGAUUUAAGGCGUUCAGCUUGUAUUCCACUAGGACAGGGAUGGCCAACCUUCAGCUGUUGUAAAACUAAAAUUCCCACGAUGCUCAGCUGUAGGCAGGUUGGCCAUCCGGAUGUCGGAUAGGUGCAGGUCCCAUCUCUGGAACUCGCACCUAUCGUUAGAAAAGAGAAUAGAGGGUGAUUGUGCAUGCGCAGCCACCCUACAUUUAUUUCUAUGGGAGUGCAGAAAAUAGUUGAGCAGCGCAUUUUGGCUAUUUUCAGAAGUCUGAUAGAAAUUAAUAGGAAGCGCAAGCGUGGCCACCGCUCCAUUCACUUUCAUGGGGCUGACGGAAUAUUUUCAGCACUCCCAUAAAAA